ACAGUACAGUAUGCUGUACAUUUAUAAUUCUGAUUAUAAAGAUAAGUAAAAGUAAUCCUGUUACGCGUCUUUCAUGUUACUUUUUUUUUUUUCAUUUAAAAGUUAGCUCCCCUGUGUCGCCCCCCACACUUAAUUCCAGCUGGUAGUGUCUUGGCCCAUCCCUACUCUCCGGCAGUCAAUGGGCUGUCGGAGGAGGUGGGUGUGUGUUUUAGGAUUGUAGGUUUAGUGUAUGAAGAAGGGGUUUUUGAAUUAGGAGUAGCCAGUGAGAAGCGUCUCUGAAGAACAAUUCUCUUGAGAGAAGUCAAACGUCACCCUCAAACAGUAUUUUCACGAAUCCUGUGCUGUGCAUUGUUUUGGGGAGAUGAAGGCUCCGGGGCCUCUGUUUGGAGCAAUCCUGUAAAAGGAACGGGCCCUUAGCCAGACCUGUGUGAAGGAUCAGAUAAAAGAGUUACCAUGAGCAAGCAGGAGCAAAGUGUGUGUGUCUUGUUGCCUAACAAAGAGCAGCUUGACAUCACCAUUGGGGUGAAGGCGAUAGGGCAGGAUUUGUUUGGUCGUGUUUGCGAGCUUCUGAAAGUCAAGAACCUUCACUUCUUUGGGCUCAGCAUCGUGAAAGACAAUGAACUUGUAUUCAUGGACUUGGAGCAAAAGCUGACCAAGUAUUUCCCCAAAGAAUGGAAGAAAGACUCUAGCAAGGGCUCUACCUGUCCCGACUUGCCUCUAGUCACCUGCCUGCAGGUACAAUAUUACAUAGAGAAUGGAAGACUCUUAAGUGACAGGAAGGCCAGACACCUAUACUACUGUGAUCUACGAGAUCGAGUGCUGAGAUCGGAGUGUAGACACAAAGAGGAGGUAUAUUUCCUGUUAGCAGCGUAUGCUCUGCAGGCUGAUCUAGGGGACUACCAAACCGAGGGGCAUGUGGGAGAGUACUUCAAGCCACAGGACUACUUCCCUUCAUGGAUCAUUGCCAGAAGAGGCUGUGACUACAUCCUGAAGCAUGCGCCCAAGAUCCACAGGGAGCAGAAGGGGCUGUUGACCAAGGAGGCCAUUCUUCUGUUUGUCAGGGAGUCCUGCCUGCUGGAGGACGUGCCUGUGCACUUCUACAGGCUGCGUAAGGACAAGAAGGAGAAGCAUGGCUCUAUCAUCCUGGGGCUGACCCUGCGAGGAAUGCACAUUUAUCAGGAGCUGAACCGUGUACGUCAGCUGCUGUACGAUUUCCCGUGGUCUAACGUUGGCAGGCUGACGUUUCUGGGUAAAAAGUUUGAAAUCCAGCCGGAUGGGCUGCCAUCAGCCCGAAAGCUUGUGUAUUACACUGGCUCCCCUUUCCGGUCCAGGCAUCUGCUGCAGCACCUCAGUAACGGUCACCGGCUGUACCUCAACAUCCAGCCGGUACUCAAACACAUCCGCAAGAUCGAAGAGACUGAGGAUAAGAAGCGAUACCGCGAGUCCUACAUCAGCGACACCCUGGAAGUGGACCUGGAGCCCCUUGGCCCGGUCGCGGACGGCAGCCCCCGCUUCCCGCGCCGCUCCUGCUCCGGCAGCAGCCGCGGGAGCUCCGGCAUCGAGGCCGACGCCCGGCAGCGCACGUCUGUGGAGAUGUCGGUGGACGAACCCUUCUCCCUGCCCCCCGCGCACUCCGCCAUGAAGUCCUUCAGCUCGGCCAUCAGCCACGGCAGCUCGCACACCUCCGGCAUCGAGACCGGCAGCAAGACCCGCGCCGAUGAUGACUGGCAGGAUGACGAGGUGGAGCUGGCUGUGGAUGAGCCUGAAGAGGUGUCUGUGGAUGACCCAGAAGAAAUGUUGCAGUUCUUGGCCAAUCAAGAACAGAGCUGGAAGGAUGUCACUAUCCAGCCUGUGAGCUCAAUAGAAACGCGAGUGAGACUACGUAACAUAGACUCCCUUGAACAGACGUCUAAGCGGAAAGGUCGGAGCUGUACAGACCGGCACAGCCAGAGCCUGGAUGACGUGCGUCUGUAUUCGCCACCAGCCCCACUAGGCGCUGGCCUGCACACAGAUACGUCUCAGAGCUACACCUUCGGUCUGUGCGCGCCUGACCCAGAGGACCAGUACUGCUACACAUACUGCACCAGUGAGGGCCAGACUAAACCAUCCUUCUAUGGCAAGAGGUCCAUGAACUGCCUCUCCCUGGACCUAUUGGGGAACGAACAGCUGCUGGAGUUCAUGCUGUAAUUCAGGACUGCGUUGAGGAAGCAACCCACAUACACAGCACUUUAAAAUGUAGGCCUGUUCUGACUGGAGAAGGAGGUCAGUCUAGUCCUCUGCCUGGAGACUCUGGAAAUGGAGGAAGGGUGCCUAUUGAACAAAUACUGUAUUGAAGGACUCAUGCAUACAAAGGCUGCAUGUGAAGGAAAUCAUGCAUUGCCAGCCAUGCAAGAAUAUACCUUUAUACCUCACAGCCAGCUGAUCAUACACUCAGUGACCAGUGAACAAAUAUACUGGAUAUUCCAUUAUUGCUUUGAAAUGGGAAGGUUUUCCUUAAUUUGUAAAAACUCUUUUGAUUAUAUGUGAAAAUGUUUAUUUUGUAAUCCAUUUUCUCACAAGCUGCUGUGUCUUCCAUGUUCUGGCAGCUGAACUAGUAUUUUAAAAAAUGCAGCUGCAGUUGUUGCAAAAGAAAGCGUACUGGGCCAGAAACUCAGUCCAUACUUCGCCUUGAAUAAUAUGUUUCAAAUUGAUUUGUUCAGUGGAGGUAACAAAUCUAUCAUCUCUCUUGAUAAGAUAAGUUAACAAUCUUCCUAUCAUAGAAGGGGAUAUUUGACAGAAUAUUGCAAUACAAAGAAUAACAUCCAUUUAGUGUUACAUUUUUGGUAACUAACAUUUAAUGUGCUCUUGUAGUCGUCUUUUACUGUGGUAUUUAUGUGUUGUUAAAGGUUAAGUUGGGGACCAGGACGUUGUUUGUGGUAAAGAGUGAGUUCAGGGAACAGUGCAAGAGGAGGGAAAGGAGGGACAGGACAGGGCAGAAGAAUGUUUUUGAGGGUAGUUGGCAGCUUUCAUUGGUGUUUUUUGUCAAAAAUUUUAGGGUAUUUACUGUAGUUUUCUUCAAUCGGUUGGUAUUACAAACUGUUUAGGCAAUUUUAUUUUUUGAACAAUUUGGGAUUGCCGCUUUUUAAAUACCAGCUUUCUUUGGGAUCCCUAGUUGUUUAAGACUCCGCUUUACUCAUCAGCAUGAGGUUCCAGCUUGUGUACUGCAUGAAGAGAAUGAGGACCUGCAGACGUCCUGCUCUGAUUACCUGCCUGUGAGAACGGUUUUUGUUUGACACACUGCAAGUUCCACAAGGCCUUAUUGGAAAGUUCUUGUAGGCUAGAACUCAUUUCUCCCUGGUGCAACCGUAGACCUGAGGGGCGGCAAGCAAGUCGCAGCUUGUUUUACUGAAUGGCGAGAAGGCUCGGCCUUGACACACACAAUGGUGCCACCACUUUUCAAAUUCCAGUCCCAGUCGGCUCUUGACAUGACCCAGACUUGUCUGAGCCACAGGGCUCAACCUCUGCUCUGGGCAGCCGAUGGUUUUUGAAGCAAAAUGAAAAGACAGUUGUAUUUGUAACUGUUUUUCCUGUGACAAGGAUGUACUGUAUUAAAGAAAGUUAUCCGGUAAGAAUGAAGGUGUGCUAUUGAGCAGGAUGAAGUGUUUAGAUGUUAUUCCAGCUCUAGUGCUCUUGUAUCGUUUUCACGUUUCACUUUUUUGGCAUGUUAUUAAUUCACUAGUGGAAGGUUUAUUCCACUAGUGGAACGUACUGUGUCCCUGGGGAUUCACAGGACACUAAAGGAAAUGUUUCUAUAAUAACUUAAGGUUCCUCUUCAAAACCAAGAGUUAUACAAUGUUUUCUGUGUUAAUGGCUUUAUUUUCACAAGAUUGAAUUUAAUGCAUUCUGCAAUUUGAUUAAAAGGAUUUAUCACAAAGCUUAUGCAAAUUGUUUAAAUAAGGGGUACAUUAAUGUUAAGACUGUAUAUAUGUCCUUGUUAAUAUGCCCUGUUUGUCUUUCAGGAUUCUGAAAAUUGAAAGUGUGAAUGUGAGAGAUAAGGAUUAUUCUCAACUAUGAGAAGGGUACAUCUGGUUUAUCAGUUUGCAGAAUUCUUGCACUUGAUUCAUGAUAUGUUAUUUUUGUUCAAAGCCUAUCUUAUUUGGAAUAUGUAUCUUGUAUUUUUAGAAGUUGCAUCAAUCAUUGCAUUUUCCUGUGUAUUAUUUAUUUAUGUCUAGCAUUGAAAAUAAGAUUAUUUUAUGCAAAGAAUCUACCAACAGGUUUGUUGGUAUUCUUCAUUCUAGUAUUAAUUGUAAAAGCUGUGACUGUUCGUUCUUCUUAUUUUUUAUAUUGGCAUUUUUCUAUUAAGAAAUUCCUUGUACCUUUUUAUAUCUGUGACCUAUAUGAUCAUUUAUAUCUUAUGUAGACUAAUUACACCAUAUUGUAUUAAUUGCUGUGUUUAAAAUCAUUUAUACAUUAAACAGGUAAAUAGAGUUUUUCUCUAAAUGCUUUCUCCUUUCAGUGAAAGGAAACAUUUUUGUAAGACUAUAGCAAUAAAAAUGAUGAAAUG